UUCUCCAGUAAAUACACGCUGCUGUGUAGCCUGUGUUAGCCUUUUAGUAACUUUUUUUCUAAGCUGUUCUUUUUGAUUUUUUGUACAAUUUAGUGUAAGAGCUUCACAUACUGUUAGCUUUUCGGUUAAGCUUAGUACUUUGUCUGUUUGCUUCGUAAAGGAAAACUAUGUCGGACGCUUUGUCCGAUGACGGGAGCGUGAACCAGGAUGACAGUCAGGAGGAUGUUAUGACCCCGGCGGAGCUCAUAGCCAAACUGGAAGAAGCUUGGCUGAAUGAGAAGUUUUCCCCGGAGCUGCAGGAGAACAAAUCUGAGGUGGUGGAGUGUGUGAUGGAGCAGCUCACUCACAUGGAAGAAAACUUGCAGCGGGUGAAGAAGGGAGAUGCAAAGGCCAGCAUCCAUCGCAUGGAAAUAGACCGGAUUCGCUUUGUGCUCAGCAGCUACCUGCGCUCCCGUCUGCAGAAGAUUGAAAAGUUCUUCCCUCAUGUCCUGGAGAAAGAAAAGUCACGAGGGGAGGGGGAUCCAUCUCUACUUUCACCUGAGGAGUUUGCUUUUGCCAAAGAGUACUAUGCCAACACAGAAACCUACCUGAAGGCUGUAGCUUUGAAGCGCAUGCCCCCCAACCUGCAGACCGUGGACAUGCUCAAAGCAGUGCCUGAGCCCUGCCUGGACUCCUUUGUGUUUCUACGAGUCAAGGAGAGACAGGAAAACAUCUUGGUCGAGCCCGAAACAGACGAUCAGAGGUACGUUUUAAUUGUUGGUACAAACACCAGAUGGCAUUUGUCUAGGGCUGCAUGA